AUGAAUCUUACACAACCUUUAGCAAAGAAAGGGAAAAGAUUGAAUGAAACAUUAAUCCAAAGGAUGAAUGAACUUUAUGAGCCAGAUAAAUCUAUGAAACUUGAAAUUAAAGAAGACUUCGGUAGGAUCAAAGUUUUAAGUGAUGAUUUAAUACCUAUUGAGCUUUUGGCUGGUGAGACUAUUGUUAGUGAAUUUGAAAUCAAGAAUGUUGGAUUAGGAAACGUACUUCGGCUUGCUUGUUUAAUUAGUCAUGAUACUUUUUUCAGGAUUGGUGAUCCAACUACUGAACAAGAAAAUUUUGUAUAUUCGACAUCUCCAAAGGAUGAUUUAAAUUUAUGUAACGCAAUUCGGUUACCGAACUCAAUAAGUGAGGAUCCACCAAUGCCAAUAUGUGAUCAAUUGAAACCAUCAGAAUCGAUUAAAGUACCAUUGAUCUGUCGAGGAGAAAUGGUAGGACAUCAUAAGACCUUAUGGUUAUUUGUCUUUAAGAUCGUUGGAUCAGAAGAGUUUAUUGGGUUUCGAUAUGUUCAACGUUUGAAUGUUUUACCUUCUUUGAAUUUGAAACCCAUCAUUAGACCUAGUAUGAUCAAAGAAGGGUUUUAUGUUUUAACACUCGAGGUAAAUCUUUUGAACUGCUUCCAUCUUGCACAUUUUGUUUACUUACUGUUUGACAUACAAAGAUAA